AUGCACCUGUCUUCAACAGUCCUCCUGGCUGCGGCCGGAGCAGCGGCCCAGUCAACCUUCGACCUGUCCGACCUCCCGGCCUUCAUCAAGUCCAGUUCGAGCACCAACUGGCCAACACUCCUCAACAUUGGCCAGCAGAUCUGGAACGACCCUGAGGUUGGUCUGAACGAAACCCACGCUCAUGACCGCAUCGUCAACUACUUCUCCUCAGUUGGAGGCUGGACGGUCUCGCCAUCGGCGUACCCCGGCCUGCCCACGGCCUUCAAAGCCGAGUUCGACAACCGGCCAUCAGGAUUCACUGGUGAUCUGCCCACCGUGGGCUUUCUGGCCGAAUAUGAUGCGCUGGUAGGCCUUGGCCAUGCCUGUGGCCACAAUCUCAUCGCUCUCAACGGCAUCUCAGCAGCUAAGUUUGCCAGCGAGGCGCUGACGCACUACAACAUCCCCGGCCGCAUCAUCGUCAUUGGAACUCCUGACGAAGAGAACGCGGCCGGCAAGUUCAAGCUCAACAACCUGGGCGCCUUCAACGGCUCGGAUGUCUGGCUCAUGGCCCAUCCAACCACGACGAGCGCCAUCCAGCCCAUGAACGCCCGUCUCAAUUACUUUGCGCGCUUCGUCGGCAGCACGCACUCCGAGGCCGUCUCAAAGGCUUACGACGCCCUGGACAUUGUGCAGAACCUGUCGGGCCUUCCGGGGACCAGCUCCAGCGCCGUGGGCAUUGAGAACGUCGGCGUCUACGCGACCAAUAUCGUGCAGACCAUCAUCCAGCUCGGCGUCGCCGGUCUGAGCCUCGACACUGUCAGCAACACCGUGUCUAGCAUCCUCGAUUCCACGUACCCCAACGUCACCUUUUCAGCGGCCACUGAUGCCAACGGCGUUGCCCUGACAAUCCUCGGACCUGGCGGCCACGCUUCAGAAGCGACAAAGAGCCCGCUGACGCUCUCUGUCAACACCUACAAUGCCCUCAAGAACUCUUCCGGCGUCUCGUUCUAUCUUCCAGGAAACACAUCCGUCACCGAGCUCGACAUCACCAUCGACUUCCGCACUCGCUACACUGCCGACCUCAACUCGGUGGCCAACUUCGCCAGUGCUGCUCUCGGCACUCUGCCCGCCGGCAUCUCUCACGACGUCCAGUAUCCUGCCCUGGAGGUGACUCCGUUUCUCGGUCAGGCCUUCAUCGACAUCGUCGGCACUCCCGACUACGGCCUGACCAACUUUCCCUCUAGCACCUUUGCUCCCGCCUCGACCGAUGCCUCGUGGGUGCAGGAUCCUGUGCUCGACCCUGUCACUCACGAUUUGAAGAGCGCAGCUAAGGCGGUCCUUCACGCAAACUUCGGCAUCUGCACCAACCCUUCGGGUGCGGGCUGUGCUUUUAACCACGAGCCGCUGUUCAAGGAGCUUGCAAACACCGACUUUGCGUAUGAGCAAACGGAAAUCGUGGCCAGAGCAGAGGCUCAGCUUGCGGUAGAGCUGCUGGCAGACCCGUCCCAGAUGGCCCAAGCCGUUGCGAUUGUCAUCAAACGUAGCAAUUGA